AAAAACUGAGAAAACGGUAAGGAAAUUGCCAAUACUGCAUAGUUUACCUUUAAGUGACCUCCAUGACAUCUGACAUGCCCAUUUAAAAAAAAAAAACAGACAAAUCAUGAACUGUGACUAGAUGAAGAGGACGGCCCGCCACACCCGUGUUAUGUAUGAGUUCAAGUAGGUCCGUGCGUGUCGCGUUUAAACGAUACACAUCGUGUACCUUGCUUACAGUAUCGACACAAUGGCGACUGCUGCUCCACCAAACUUCUCCUGGGUCGAGCCGAAAAAGGUGGCCGGCCUGGCAUAUCCAUGUGCCACGGGUCACUAUCAAUUUCUUUUCGAUAGUGGGAUUCAACAUCUAGUUUGCUUAUGUGAAUCACUUCCACCUCACCACGACAGUUGCCCUGGACUCCAAGUGCAUCAUAUUGGCAUUGUGGACUUCACACCGCCCAGUUUCGAACAGAUUAAAACGUUUCUAUCCAUUGUUGAAGAGGCAAAUUCAAAACAUCAGGGUGUGGGUGUCCAUUGUAUGCAUGGCCACGGACGGACAGGGACCAUGCUGGCAUGCUACUUGGUGGAGAAGAGGAAACUAUCUGGAGAGGAAGCAAUAAAGGAAAUCAGAAGAAUACGCCCUGGUUCCAUUGAAACCAGAGAUCAGGAGAAGGCUGUGCGGGACUUUCAUCAGAAUAUGCAAUAAUUUACCAGGUGAUGGCAGGCAGAGAAGUAUAGCCAGUUCCUUUUAGCCUAGAAUAUACAUUUUUAGACAUUGUGUCAAUUCAGGCAAAAAGGAAAAGAAAAAAAAGAGACAAGAGGUGUAUUAGACUUUAUUAAAAGUAAGGUAGGCUACAGUUUGAAUACAGAGGGAUAGGCACAGCUAGUCCUUAUAUCCACAUGGUCUCACAUUAUCAACCACAAAUGUCUUGAAACAGUAGUUUAAUCUUAGGAUUUUCUUUUAGCAGUCUGGAAUUGUUGGAAGAUUAGGGGAAAGCAGCUUUGAAUCAGAUUUGUAAGAAUAGGUGGUUCACUCAGUGUCCUCUUCAUUUGUAACAAUCAGGUCUACUGUGACCUGAAAAAUAGCUGGUAAAAAAUAAAAAUGUCAAAAAAAUAUACCUUUCUCUGCAAAUGCAUCCAACAUUUAACAAACUAAUCAAAUCAGCAAAGGCAGCAGGGUGUCUGCUCUGAUCCAGCAUCUUUACAUUAAAUCCGGUCUCCACGUGAAAUCACUUCAGUUAUCUUUAUUACGGUGGAGUCCCCGAUUGCCAUUAUCCAUGUCUGUCGACCAUUGACUUUGCAGCAAUAUAUUCUUCUUGAGCAACAUUCCCUUUGAAAAGGUCAUUACUGGACAGAUAAAAGGAUACAUAUUAUUUAGGAAGACCAAAGCAACACCAUUUCCAUAAACAAUUCUCAUACACAAGAGAAAAUUACCCCAAUGUAAUUCACUUUUUAUUUUGAAAAAUAUAAGACAUUGUGUGUUGCAACCACAGACAUGUUUGUAACUCCUUUAGAGUCAAAACUUGGUAAGUGUAAAGAUCCAAUGCUCAUUUUGACUGAUUACUUAAACCGAUGCUGACAUAACUGGCUAUAUAACAGUGGCAACUUGUUCCAAGGCUAAAUAUGUGAAAAAUAAUACUUUGUAUAAUUCUAUACAAAUUGUACAGACAAUUCCAUGUUUUUUGUAAAAUCUGUAUUUAUUUGAUUUACAAAAGCCUAACAUGAAACAACCAAUAAAAUGAAACCAAAUAAACCUGUAACCUAAAAUGAAAAACAUGUGUUUACAUGUCAGUUUACAUUUUCUGAGCAGAAAAGGGGGAUAUUGACACUAGAGCCUUAUAGAUAAUUAAUUAAAAUGUACAAAGUAAAGUCAGGUCUUCUUUGAUCUCUUGAAAAUUAUUUACACAACAUGUUCAGUAAGUCUAGACAUUUGUGAACGGAGAGAUGCAGGUGUAUCUGGAGACGCAACACAAAUUAAUCCUGCAUCAACUGUUUACCUCCAAUACUGCGGAGUAAGGAACCUAAAACAAUGAAAAAACACACCUCACUGGAAUUAGGCAUGUUCAGUUAAAAAAAAAAAAUAGUAGGGGAAAAAAGAAA